UUCUAUUAAGUUUUUGUCGUUUUACUAUAUAAUGUUUUUUUAUAUAUUUUUUUAUUAAAUUUCCAAACACGUAAUGUUAUGUUAUAUUUGCUCUUUUAAUUUCUAAACAAGAUUCCGAUUGACAUUUACUUGUCAUUGUCAUUUGUCAUUACUGACAUCGAUCAUGGCGACCAACUAGCUAAUUUCACAUACAGUAACUACAAUAAUUUUAGUGUGUGUGUUGUUGUAGUGGGAAUGUUUAUAUUUAUAAUGUGCUCAUAUUUAAUGAAUGUCAGUGUUCAUAUGAGUGUGGAGUAGUGCUGUUUGUUUAUGUAACGAUAUGUUGAACGUGCACAAAUUAUGGCUAUUUACCAGUAUGUGUGUUGUUGUUGUUGUCAUUCUAUAUUUCCAGUCGGAAAUAACGCGACUGGAGGACGUGUAUCGCAAACUGGAGUUCAGAGUGUUGCAGUCGCAUUCCGAGGCUCGUCAAUACACGACGAGAGACCCGCCGAGAGAUGACGACAAUCUAGUAGUUAUUUAUAAUAGAGUUCCUAAGACUGGCUCCACGAGUUUCGUUGGCGUAGCUUAUGAUUUAUGUAAGAAAAAUCAUUUCAAAGUGCUACACAUCAAUAUAACGGCCAACAUGCACGUCAUGUCGCUCAGUAAUCAGUACAGAUUUGCUCAGAAUGUUACCAAGUGGCAGGAAGUGAAGCCCGCUCUCUACCAUGGUCAUAUGGCAUUCCUUAACUUUGAAAGGUUGGGAACAAACACGAGGCCUCUCUUCAUCAAUUUAAUCAGGAAGCCUCUAGACAGGCUCGUGUCGUAUUAUUAUUUUCUGCGACACGGCGAUAACUUCAGGCCUCAUCUAGUGAGGAAGAAACAUGGCAAUAAAAUGACAUUUGACGAGUGUGUGGAGAAGGGUCAGGCGGACUGUGACCCCAGCAACAUGUGGCUCCAGGUGCCCUUCUUCUGUGGACAUGCUGCCGAGUGCUGGCGUCCCGGUAGUCCGUGGGCGCUGCAGCAGGCGAAGCACAACCUGGUGCAUCACUAUCUAGUGGUGGGCGUGACGGAGGAGAUGCUGGCCUUCAUCAGCGUGCUGGAGGCGACCCUGCCGCGCCUGUUCCGCGGCGCCACCGACCACUACCGCAGCAGCAACAGGUCGCACCUCCGGCAGACCAGCGCCAAGAUAGAGCCCUCGCAGCGGACGGUCGACAGGAUACAGCAGUCGGUCAUAUGGAAGAUGGAGAACGAGCUGUACGAAUUCGCGUCCGAGCACUUCAAGUUCGUCAAGAAGAAAGUAUUGAAGGAGGCCAACAGCGCGCCGCAGGUGUUCUUCUACGAGAAGAUACGACCGAAAUGACGCUCUGUCGCACCGCGUUAAGGACGAGUUUCGUCUGAAGUCUGAACAUUCCACGACAUUAACGUAUAAAGACAUCACCACAAAGACGCACAACGACGCCGACAGCCUCGGACAGCAUCGAACGGCCUAUAUGUUCAUAAUUAAUAAAUAUCGGUCUUAAAACCUAUGUUCUAUGUAGAUGUAAGUAGUGAAUUAUUUGUUUUUUUUUUAUUAGAUGCAUUUACAAGCACUAAUCGACUGUUCUUCCAUUUUUGAAGUCUGUCAAACUUUUAACCGAGGCAAUAGGAUCAUAUAUACAAGGACUAAUUUAGUUAGUGAUUUAUAUCAGAGUUAGCUGUUAAUUUAACUUGACAAUCGAACUAACCUCUGACCGACUGUUGAUAGUUAAAUAUAAUAGUUAAAUUUAUUACAUUGGAAUAAAUUUGUCUUGUGACCAUACGAAGAAACUUAAGGCUUAGAAUAUUUAUGUUAUGUUUUAUUGUUUAACAGUUAGUUGCCUUUAACUUAAGUUACUGAAAGAAUCGAAUUGGUUUGCUCAUUAAUAUAUUAAUAUAUGCUAGCUGCGACUCCUCACACGUUGUUAUAUAGCUUUAAUACGGCCUCAUCCGUUCCGGCCGCGAUCUAAGAUACUUCUAUAAGACAUCCUUACCACGAACCCGCAUCGCCGGACUGUAUACUGAUAGUUUGUACGUGUAGUGAUGAAAAACGGCAAACUGUCCGUGCGCAGUCUGAUGCUAUCCGUGGUAAGGGCGCAGGUUAAGUUUAUUUAUGAUGUUUGUUAGUGAUUGUUUUCUCGUACUUAAGCUAGUACUUAUGAUAUUGUACUUGUAUGUAUAUAGGGAAUCUCCGUACGCACCGGUUGUAACGCAAAUGUUGUUAAAUAAAUCAUUUUAUUUAUGAACGAA